AUGGCUUGGCAGGUAACCCCACUCAAAGAAGUGGUAGAUGAGAAGAUGGUUGUUUGGAGUGUUCAAUGUGGCUUGGGUCGCACUGGUUAUCUCUGGGCUCAUGAAGUCUAUCGUGUAUUCCCAGAUGUAAUGACUCUUGCCAAGCCUCUUGCUGGAGGUCUACCCAUUGGAGCCGUGCUAGUAACUGAAAGAGUAGCUGCUGCCAUAAAUUACGGAGAUCAUGGAAGCACUUUUGCUGGUGGACCCCUUGUUUGCAAUGCUGCAAUUGCUGUCCUGGAUAAAAUCACCAAGCCAGGUUUCUUGACCAGCGUCGCCAAGAAAGGUAAAUAUUUAACCGAGAUGUUGGUGCAGAAAUUAGGAGGAAAUUCACAUGUGAAAGAAGUACGAGGUUUGGGGCUGAUAAUCGGGAUAGAAUUGGAUGUAUCCGCCUCGCCACUAGUGGAUGCUUGCCGAGAGUCUGGUCUUCUAGUACUAACUGCAGGAAAAGGCAACGUUGUUAGGCUUGUGCCUCCUUUGAUCAUAUCGGAGCAGGAAUUGGACCGUGCAACAGAGAUCUUGUCCGAGUGUUUGCCGGUACUUGAUGGGAAUAAGUUGAAGUAG